AUGGUGGACAAGCCUUUGCGGACCAGGUGGGCUAACUACCUGACCAGGCCGUCCCUUGGACCAGCUGGCUCCAUCCCCGGAGCUGAAGGGCCUGAUCCGGUGUGGAUCCCUGUGGAGUACCGGGAGCAGGUGUGGCGCUGGAUCGUGAGGACACGGACGCAGGUCUAUAGGAAGCGGAAUCCCAAUCGCUACCAGGAGCUGAGGAUGCACUGCGAGGUGUCGGAGCACCCGGCCUCGCGGCAAACCAGGCUGGACCUGCACCGCAUCCUCACCAGCAAUAAGCACUUCUCCUCGCCCACCUCCGACGCAGUCCAAAAGCUGCAGCGCAUUCUGCUAGCCUUCUCCUGGCAAAACCCCACCAUCGGCUACUGCCAGGGCCUCAACCGGCUGAUCAGAGGGUGUUCCGUGACUUUCUUGCUGAGAAGAUGCCUCGCCUGACGGCCCACUUCA